ACUUACCAUCUUAGGCAUGGCUGCCCACUUUCCUCUGCUCCGGGCGUCAACCUCCCUCUCCACCAGACCUCUUCAUAUCUACAGCUUCAAGCCCACUACCCCAACCUUCUCUUCGCGCAUUCCAAGACAAAUUGGUUUGCGUGGAUUAUCUUCUGUCGCAUGCGCUUAUUCAAAUGGGAGGGAGCCUGAGCCUGACUCGGUGGAUGACGUUGUCAAGAGUGUUGAACGGCUGCAGGAAGAGAAACCGCGUGCCGAGUUGUCUGCUCGGAUUGCGUCGGGGGAAUUCACUGUGGAGCAAUCUGGGUAUACUUAAUUAAUAUAAUAUCCUUGAAAUGAACGAUGAUCCUUUUGUUUCUCUUAGCAUAGUUAUCGCGGGAAUUAUUAUGUCUGCGUAUGUCUACAUUAAAGAAUUG